AUGGUGGACAAUGAAACACUUCCCCUGGUGACGGCUGGCGAAGACAUCAAGUACCUCGGUAUUCACCUCAAGCCCUCGCUGAGACCAGCCUACCCGCUAAAGGAGAUAGAGGAGAGUUUGUGCCAUCUGGAGAGGGCGCCCGCUGUUGAAGGAGGACUUUACGCCCGCAGAGAGCAGAGUCUACGCAUGUCUGACCAGAAUCUUAAGCUGGACCUGAUCGUAGCUAGGGAGGACGGGUGUAGGGUCCUCAUCGACGUAACAGUCCCUUUUGAUGGAGGGGGAUCGUUACGUAAGGCAGCAGAGGAGAAGAUGAGGAAGUACGGUCAGGUUGCCAAUGAGAUCGGCGGGGGGAACUUGGAGGCGUGA